CCGAAAGUUAGUCCUGAUGUGAUUUUCUUCCGCCCAAAUUCAAAACAACUUACACAUUAUCCUACGUAAGUGUUUGUUAAUUACCCAUUUUUAUCCAAAUCUAAAUGAUUUAUGCGUUAUAUUGAUGUCCAGAACCCGUUCACGUCCGUCUUAAGUAUUCAAAAUGAAGUUUAACGUAUUUGUAGCCUUUAAAUGAUCAUGUUUAUGUCGAUGUUGAAGCUUUGCGACUUGACUUUGUUACAUUAAUAAUCAAUAAUGUUCAAAUCGUGGAAGAAAAUUCAAUGUUACAGCAUAAAUCCACUUUAAGAAAAUGUACAUUUAGCUCUUAAGCUGAAAUUUAGAAAGCACAGCUAGCAAAGGGUGCAUUGACAGUAGCGAAAGGACCAUGGAUGUGGACGGGAGGCCCCGCAUCCGGUCUUGGGACUGGGACAGUCCUUACUGCCGGGCCCAGUUGGAUGAGAUCUUCUUCCGGCCGAAUGACUACAUUCAAGCAGGCAGCCAGGAACACAAAGACUUCUGGGCUUUUUUCGACCGCUUCCAAAGGUUCAAGCUAAAGAAGGACAUGUGUGGACAUGGUUCCAGCUCCUAUGAGGACAGAGACAGGGUCCAAAGCGGAUCUUUGGACCUGCCUAAGGAGUACGACGCCCGGUACCGCAUCAACGUGUCGUUAGUGACCAAAGACGUUGAGGAGCGUUUGGGACGAUCUCACGGCAGACGCGAGUCCUCCGGUCCGAACGCUGAAGUGAUUUCGGAUUUCCGUCUGUCUUUGCUGCAUUACCUGGACUUUAGUCAGCGACAGAGCUUCGGUAAGCUGGCCAAACUGCAACGGGAGCAAAAGAACCUGCCGAUCUACCAGUACCGAGAGCGCGUUGUGGAACUGGUCAGGCAGAACCCGGUGGUCGUGGUGGCGGGAGACACCGGUUGCGGCAAGUCCACCCAAGUGCCCCAGUACCUGCUGUCAGCCGGGUUCUCGGAGAUCGCUUGCACCCAGCCGAGACGUAUCGCCUGCAUUUCGCUGGCUAAGAGGGUCAGCUUUGAGAGUCUCAACCAGUACGGAUCCAAGGUGAGUUACCAGAUCCGCUUCGAAACCACGCGCACCACGGCCACCAAGCUAAUCUUCCUGACCGAAGGUCUACUCCUGAGGCAAAUCCAGCAGGAUAAAACGCUAGAACAGUACCAGGUUCUGAUCGUGGACGAAGUGCACGAGCGCCACCUGCACGGCGACUUCCUGCUAGGCGUCCUGCGCUCCCUGGUCGCCACUCGUCCCGACGUGCGUCUCAUCCUGAUGUCCGCCACAAUCAACAUCAAGCUUUUCUCCGAUUACUUUGGCUCUGCCCCCGUGCUGCAAGUGCCAGGCAGGCUCUUUCCAAUCCAGGUGAUUUAUCAACCGAUACCUCCCGAAGAGCAAGCGGCGUCACGUAUGGAGAAGCUGGAACCGCGGCCGUACUUGCGGAUCCUGCAGGGCAUUGAUCAGAGAUACCCGCCGGAAGAACGUGGUGACCUGUUGAUUUUUCUGAGCGGCGUGGCGGAAAUCGGCGCUAUUCAGGAGGCGUGUCAGGUGUACGCCACGCACACGCGCCGAUGGAUUGUGCUGCCACUGCACAGCACGCUGUCGCUGGCACAGCAGGACAAGGUGUUUGACAUAGCGCCCCCCGGUGUGAGAAAAUGUAUCAUCUCGACCAACAUCGCGGAAACGUCCGUCACCAUCGACGGUGUGCGCUUCGUCGUCGAUUCAGGCAAAGUGAAGGAGAUGAGUUUCGACCCCAAGGCCAAGAUGCAACGACUUCAGGAGUUCUGGAUCAGCCGAGCCAGCUCUGAGCAGAGGAAGGGACGCGCAGGCCGCACGGGUCCCGGCGUGUGCUACCGCCUGUACGCCGAGUCCGACUACGACGCCUUCGCUUCCUACCCCGUGCCUGAAAUCCACCGAGUGGCGCUGGACUCAUUGGUUCUUCAGAUGAAGAGCAUGGGACUCGGAGAUCCGCUUUCGUUCAUCUUUAUCGAUCCCCCGCCGGCAGCCAGUAUUCAGACCGCCAUUACCUACCUGAAGGAGCAGGGGGCGCUAGACAAUGGUUGUGAGCUGACCACCAUUGGGAGUGUGCUAGCCCAACUUCCUGUCGACGUCGUCAUCGGCAAGAUGCUGGUGCUGGGCUCCUUGUUCAAUCUUGUGGAACCUGUGCUGACGGUGGCCGCCGCCCUCAGCGUACAGUCGCCGUUCCUGCGCAGCUCGCAGCAGAACCCUGACUGUGCUACCGCCCGCCAGCCGCUGCACUGCAACCAGGGGGACCCCUUCACGCUACUGAACACUUUCAAUGCCUGGGUGGAGGUGAAGGGCGAGAGAGGGGGCGGUUCCAGGAAGUGGUGCCGGCGGCGUGGCAUCGAGGAACAGCGACUUUACGAGAUGGUCAACCUGCGCAGACAGUUCAAGGAGCUGCUGAAAAGCCACGGCCUUCUGGAAGCAGAGAACGACGACGACAAUCUCGGCGACCGACAGCAGCGGCGCGAACGUCUGACCGAAAGGAGGAAGCUCCAUCAGAUGAAGCGAGAACACGAACAACAGGAGGGCACCAAACGCAAAGUCCUCAGGCUGGAAGAAGGCCAGGACGGCGACUUCUCCUCCGGUUCUGACGCGGAGGAUGCAGGACGAGGGAGGAGGAAGAAAAAGAAGAAACACAAGGAUGACGGCAAUGUUGACAUCCAGGAAGUGAAGUUCAAGCUGCGCCAUAACGUGUCAGAUCUACAGGAUGCGGUCAACGCUAGCCAAGAUUUAUCAUCACGCCAACAGGCGCUUCUCAAACUUCUUCUCUGUCGGGGACUCUACCCCCAGCUAGCGUUGCCGGACGAGCACAACGGCACACGCAAGGACACGGAGCAGGUGUUCCAUACGAAGAGUAAGCAGGGAAUAGUGAUUCAUCCCACCAGCGUGUUUGCUAGCGACCCUGAGGUGUUACACGUGCGGGAUGAUGCGCGAGACACUGGGCGAGACAGCAGCAAACAUCAACUCCUAGCCUUUGUCACUUUGCUGGAGACUAACAGGCCGUAUUUGUCCAACUGUGUGCGUGUUCCUGCACUGCAGGCUCUGCUGUUGGUCGCCAACUCAGUAGACAGCAAUGCCGACUGCUCCCAUCUGGUGGUGGACGGCUGGUUGGAACUACAGAUAAAAGUGCCCGAGGAAGCCCUCAAGACUCUGUCCACGGCACUCAACCUCCGAGCCGAGUGGGAGCGCCUCCUGCAGGCCCAACUGGGACGUAGUCUCAUCGAGGAAGUGUCUCAGAAGGCCACGCAGAAGCUCAGUGAGCGCUUGGUCCGCUUCCUGCUUUACACUGAGAUCAGUUACAGCUUGCAGCGCCUCUCCGCCCUCAGCAUUCAGAAUUUAUACGUCGGACCCCAGGCUACAUCGGAACUUUUGCUCGGCGCCGGUGCCACGCCGCUCUUUCCGGAUAUGGAGGCCAAGCCGGAUCCGGUCAAGGGAGGCCUGCGCAUCAGCAACUUCUUCACGUAUAAUUGCCUGACUGAUUCCAGGGACCUGUACAGCGACUGCCUGCGAACUUUCUGGAGCUGUCCCAACUGUGACCUCUACAUGCCCCUCACGCCUCUGGAGCGAAUGCAGCAUCAGACCACCUGCAGGCCAGCAGGUGAACUGCAGGCUCAGGAGGAAGACAUCGUGAAGCCCAAAUCAUCGUCCUCCACUCUGUGCCGGGUCUACCACUGUGACGUCUGCGACCAAGACUUGACGCUAACGUCCACGGAGAUCCUCAAGCACAAAAGGCAGCAUAUAUACUCUGCUAAGUAACUCAUUCACUCAACUCAUUUUUUACGAGGAGCACAGUGGCCCCCCAACUUAAAAUUUUUGGGGCACAAGCAGAAGAUUCAGGGGCGCACACUGUAAAUUGACAUGCAAAGUUUUCCUCAAAUUUUCACUGUUUAACCGAUAAAUACUUCAUAAUAAAUGCAUAAAACUACAAACUUGUGAAUCUAUAGACAACUUUCCUGAACGAAAAUUGGGCGGCGCCAUCUUUGACAUUUUUUGCUACGGACUUCCGGUUUCGACAGAACAAAAUGAAGUGCGGUGGAAGUAAGCAGUGUGUAGGCAAAGUUAAAACUGCAAAAUUAAACCAGAGGAACCCACGGAAUCUCCAAAAAUAGAUUUAGCACGACGUAGGUGAGGCUCUGGGAUUUUCUGUGCUGUGCCUGAACUCCUAGAAGCACCUAUAAAUUAGGGUUGGGAAUCUCUGGCAUGAAGUCGAUUCGAUAUGUAUCUAGAUACACAGGUUACGAUUCGAUUAAAAAAAAAAAAAGAUACAUUUUUAAGGCAGAGCGAUUCGAUACAGUUUAGGAACGAUACGGCUUGAUACAGUGUGAAAACGAUACGAUAGUAAACAUUUGUUGUCUGUGCUUACAGUCCCUGACAAAAGUCUUGUCGCUUAUCCAUUUUGUAGAAACAGUUGCUAAUAACCCGACUUUUAAUUAUUUAAUUGGUUUCAGAAAUGACUCAUAUGAAAGCUAAGACCCUCCCAAAUGAUGUUGAAUGUACAAAAAUAUAUUUGUUUCACUGAAAAAAGAUUUAUCAUUUAAUGAAGACAUUAAGGUCAAAUUUUGGCAAGACAAAAGUUUUGUCACCUACAGAACGUAGUGUGAAAAUUAAACAAAAAAUGUACUUCAAAUACAAAAAUAUGUUACAUAACAUAAGCGAAUUAAGUAGUGAUGCUGUGAGAUCCAAAUUUAAUAUUUUGUAUGACUUCCAUGGGCUUGAAGGACUGCAUCCAUGCGGUUCGGCAAGGAUUCAUACAAUUUAUUUAUGCAGUCAUCAGGAACAUCAAAGAAAGCAGUCUUGCAUGCCUCCCAGAGUUCAUCAACAUUCUUGGGUUUCGUCUUCCAUGCUUCCACUUUCAUCCUACCCCAGACAUGCUCAAUGAUGUUCAUGUCUGGUGACUGGGCUGGCCAGUCCUGGAGGAUCUUGCUCUUCUUUGCCUUGAGGAACUUUGAGGUAGAGGUUGAAGUAUGCGAUGGAGCACCAUCCUGCUGCAGAAUUUGUCCCUUUUUAUGGUUAGGCAUGUACAAGGCAGCUAAGAUUUAUUGAUAUUUUAGACUAUUUAUGUUGCCUUCCACCCUGCAGAUCUCUCGCACACCCACAUUCUGGAUGUAACCCCAGACCAUGAUUUUGCCACCACCAAACUUCACUGUUUUCUGAGUGAAUCUUGGAUCUGCGCGGGCUCCAGUAGUCUCCACAGUCGCCGCAAAUAUUGCAGGAGACCUACUGAACAAAAAAACAAGACUUGCUGAAUGACCAUCAUUUUGUUGGAUGGGAUCGAUAAUAAAAUAAAACUCAUGUCACCUUAUCGUCUGUCGUCUCUGUGUUUUCCGUUGCAUGAAACUCAAGAUUUGUUGUACGAACACAAGGAUGGGGGUACUAUGGACAAUUAUUUUUCGCCCAUUGUUAUGAAUGAAUGCGGUUGGUUGUAGAAGCUUUUUUUUCCUACAAAUGUGCAGUUGUGGACGUAUUUAUUUUUUCCUUACAUAUUAGGGCAGGAUCCUCGGUU